UUCUCGGGGAACACAUCGCCGCUCAAGGAAGCUAUAUGUGCGGGGGAACCCGGCAACGUCGGACAGUAAGCCGAGGCAUGUAAGGGACACCAUGUGCCGAAAAAGGCGUCUAGACAAUGAGAAUAAGCAUGGACCGUGGUAAUAUUUAGAAGUGCUUACGUAUUCUGGAGGCAUUACGAUAUAAACUGUAUGAUUUUGGAAAUGACUCGUUUACUGUUUGGAUAUCCAACGAUUGAGAGCGGCUCAUAACUCGAUCAUGGCUCUGAUCGGUUGAAGAAGGUGAUUUAUCUUAAUAACUGAAACAAGUAGUGAUAGGCUGCGAACACGUAUGCAAAUAGAGUCACUAAUUAUGACAGAUACCCAUGACGUCACUACCACGUGUGCUUCGAUUGGAUUACGCAUUGCAACGUUAUCAUGACGUAAGCAAACAUUGUUGCCUUCAGAAUCCUCAGUGUGUUUAUAUCAUACCUUACAAUGGCAAACUUUUACUGUGCUAGGUGAACUGGAGGGGUAAUAAAAUGCCGUGGACGUUUUGCUAAGCUGGGCAUGGAUAUGUACCUGAUAUGCGGGCGAUCAAAGUUCACAGUCAUUACGGUGCUGGUUGCACUGUGGCUAUAUGAAUUCAGGAUAAGUGGGCUUACUGAAAGAAGUAAUAGGAAUUCAUCAAACAGUUCCUUGGUAUACGCUGACGACAGACAUUGGCAUCAUCAGAACGUUACCGACCUACUCAAUAAUCUGUUACAAGGAUACGACAAGGAUGUACGGCCUGGGGAGGGUGGCCCCCCAACUGAAGUGUUAACUGAUCUUUACAUUAAAAGUAUGGGUCCUAUAUCCGAAGAAAUGAUGGGCUCUCUACCGAUAGUUUUAGGCCACGAUAUACAUGUGAGGUGGGGAUCGAAAGGUCUAGGGUCUCAGGUCUACAGCAUGGAUUGCUAUUUUAGACAGACAUGGUUCGACCAACGUCUCAAGUUCCACGGUACCAAAGACGAGUUACGAGUUAGCAUCAAAAUGUUGGAGAAAAUGUGGAAACCAGACACAUACUUCCUAAACGGCAGGGGAUCUUAUCUACACACCGUCACAUACCCGAAUAAGUUAUUACGCAUAAACAAGGAGGGAGGGAUUUUAUACUCUAUGAGAUUGACCAUCAAAGCUACUUGCCCCAUGGAUUUACGAAAGUAUCCCAUGGAUAACCAAACAUGCCCACUUUACAUUGGCAGCUACGCCUAUAAAAAUAAUGAAGUCCAGUACAAAUGGAAGGAAGGAUUGGUCAAAUCUGUCGCAACUGCUCCGGAUAUGAAGAUGGCCCAAUUUGAUUUAGAUGGAUGGUUUGGAGAUCAAGUCAUUGUGUCACAGCCCCAUGGUAAUUUUUCAGUUGUGAUGAUGAACUUUGAAUUGAGAAGAAACAUUGGAUACUAUCUGCUGCAAAUUUAUCUUCCAUGCUACCUGAUUGUGGUCAUAUCGUGGGUAUCAUUUUGGAUCAACCGAGAAGCCACGCCAGCAAGAGUUACCUUAGGUAUUACAACUAUCCUGACCACGUCGACAAUCAAGAUGACAGGAAGUACCGGUGUGCCCAAAGUGCCCUACAACACCGCUCUUGACAUCUUCCUUCAUGCAUGCUUCUUCUUCGUAUUCGCCGCCAUUAUAGAAUACGCCGGUGUCAACUAUUUUACCAAGACAGGAAAGCCAGAUCAGAUACCUGAGGAUGACGAUGACACAGAUCAGGAAAGUCCACUAAUCAAGAACUGUAAAUCCGACAUGGAACGAAUCCUACCGGCUGAUCCCAAUAAUGGACAUUCAUUACAUAAGGGCAUUCGUAACCGUCAUCGCACAAGAGGCCGCGACAACUGCUGCUCCAUGUUCAUGGAGUGCCUGAAAGGCAACUCGAAAUACAGGGAUCUAAAGUCAUUAUCCAGACAGCUGGAUGGCAUUAACAGUGUCAGUAAAAUAGACAUUUAUUCUCGGUUUCUGUUUCCAAUUUGUUUCGUUGUAUUCAGCGCCCUCUAUUGGUCUGCGUUCCAGUAUUAUUUAUGACGUAGGCAAAUCAUUCAUUUGUCAUUUGUAUUUAGGAAGUCAUUCUUGUCACCCGUCUUCUUAAACAUGUGUAUGUAAGACGAUCAAGCCAGGAUCACUUCUUUUCCCUUCAACCUGUCUGUAUCAGGCUGCGAUAGAUUCAGUCAUAAAUGCGGAGGUAUUGUUGGGAACUCUGAUACUUCCUUCGAUGGUGUGUUGAAAUUUGCUUCAGUCUUGCCAGGCAUUUACCAAUCACCCGAGAUAUCUCUUUUGGCAUCGAAGUACCAUGCAAAGAAAUGUAUUCAUGCCUCAUUGGUAAGAUACGAUGUGUCUGCAUUUAAAAUUGAUAGCCCGAUUUAUUCACUAGGAAAUGUCCAUUAUGUUUGUCUCGUGGUUUGUUAGGCCCCACUCCUGAAGUGUACACAAAAUAAUCGCUGACGGAAAUUCAAAUGAAAUUCAGUCGAAAGAUGAAAGCAGAAUACGUGAAUAAAGCAAUCAUUCUGGUUGCCCCAUCAUACACAUGUAUAUUUAUCUCAAAGGAUCCAUCUAAUUACCACAUACACUGAAUGUAAUAAGAUGUACUUGCCAUCAACUUUGACCCAUUUCAUGUUUCAAUACAUUAACAAAUCUGAUCUUUCGAUGAAAUUACUUUGUAUUGGCUUACAGGGUGUAUGGCUGUCAACUGAGAGUGACCAUGGAUAUCACUAGGGUUCGUGCAACAGAGAACAUGACUCGAAAACACCAUUUUCAUUAUAUGCUUAUUUGUUGUUAAACAAUUAAACAGAAUGGUCUUCUCAUUAAUUGCAGAAUGUCCAUGGUUACGGUGUGACACUUUCUCAUCUGUAAAGGGUAGGGUUUGUUUCAUAUUGAGCAUGAAUAAUGCCUAUGUCUAGCAAGUUUCAGUUAUAAUGAACAAAUGAUAGUUAGUGUAGAUAUUAACAUGAAGCUGAUAAUAGCUUCAUGAUGUUUAUAAUGUAAAUAUGGCUUCAGGAGAUAUCAUGUAAAGAUCUGGGCUCCAUUUGGUUAUUUCAUGUUGAAACUGGAAGCCCUUCUCCUUAAAUGUAUAUGCUGUCCACAAAUGAACGAAAAAAAUAUAUGCCAUCCUUCUUCGUGUGAACAUGAAAAUGAAACAGCCACUCGUAACACGCGUUAGUGCCACUCAUUGUUCUUAGUCCCACCCAUUUUUACUCUCUGACAAACAAGGGCUGUCGGUGAAAGUGUUAUAUUUUGUACCCUGAAUGGGCAAUGGCAGCAGUUUGCUGAGUGUGUUUGAAGGAUUGUCUUUGAUUGUCUGUAUGUGGAGAGUGCUAUCGAGUGUGUGCUGGCCAUGGCAGAGACAGCAUUGAUUGGGUUGACUGUUACCUUUUUGGUUGACUGUUGUGUGUUGAAUCACUUUCUGUAGGUAUUCAUGAAGCUAGCACGUUUUGUUUCUGAUGGAAAUACAGGAUACCAAUUAUUAUCUAGUUUUUUAUGCGAACUGUAUGAUGUAGUUGGCUAAUGCAAAUUGCUAGUCGACAUUUGGUUAACAUAUAAACAAAAGAUAUGAAGGCAAUGUCCAAUUAAACUUUUCCAUCUUUUGUUUCAGUAGUGUUUAGAAUGUUGGUAAGGGGUUUUAACCCAAUUCAGUGUCAACGGCAUUGGUCUGUGUUUGAAUGGCAGCUGUGACUGAGAUGUUCGUAUGUCUGAAAGAGCUGAAAAGGUUGCUGUACUUUCAAUGGAAUUGUUCGUGACUAUUUGUAAAUCAGUUCAAUGAGGUAUAAUAUUGCAUUCAUGAUUAUGCAUGAGUGUUUCUGCCUAUCUUGCCAAACCGCCACAACAAGUAAUUCCAAGCACAGAGCACUAACACAUCGCCCUAAGCAGCUCUAGAGCACUAACACAUCGCCCUAAGCAGCUCUAGAGCACUAACACAUCGCCCUAAGCAGCUCUAGAGCACUAACACAUCGCCCUAAGCAGCUCUAGAUUGCUAAUGAAGCAUCCAAACAAAAUGCCACAGUUGUAGGAAUUAAACAGUUUUUAAUUCCGAACAUAUAAUUAAUUAGUGCUUUCAGUUUUUAUCUUCUGGUUCGGACAAAACGGGGUGUGCAUCAUCAAAGUUUCGUGAAGUUGGUCAUAACACUCAAGAUAACAUUAAGUUCUGGAACUUACGAUUGGGGCAUUUUGCUUGAACUAGAGUGCAGUUUCGUUAUGUCCACACAAAUGGGAUUGUCAUUAUUCCGAUCUAGUUACUCGUCGUAUACCGUCAUCGGUCUUCGGUAUAGGCGUGGCUGCUAAGGUACUGUACAAACAACAUGUCUCCAAUGGCACACUGCUAUUGUAUGUCACCGAGUUUCAUUUCAGCCUUCUUUUUUAUCAAUAAAUA